GAGUUAGUCUUUGGAAUCUGUUUCCGGUGUUCGUCAAAUUAGUCAACAAAACGUCACGUCUCCGCAGUUCAGGCGGGCUGGUUGAAAGCACAGCAAGUUCUUCUGUUGGCUCUUCAGUAACGCUGACAAAAGCAACACUAAUAACCGUGUUCGUUUGCUAUAGUAAACACCUUUCACUCGGUAAAUGAUCGGAGGCGUAUUACCAUUUGAAGCCAGUGACGGUUAAGGCUUUGUUAGCUAACAGACAUUAGCUUGUGUUUAUUCGGGUAUCAACUUUGACUUAACAGCCGGCUAACCUGUCCUCGAUGCGCUUGGUGUUUGCUGGACAAAAGGUGUUACCGGCUCUUAAGUUUACAAGCAAUGGACCGACCUUCAAGGAAGACGAAGGUUGUGAAUUACUGUGAAACCAAGGACUUCGAAGAUGAUGAGGAUUUUGCCUGUGUGAAGGCUCCACCCAGCAAAAAGGCCAGGGAGUGUGUGAAACAGGAGCACAAGAAAUUAUCGAGCAAGUCCUCCAGUCAGGAGUCCAACUCACAAACCACAGCGAGCCAGAACAACAGAAAACCACUGGAUGAGAGGCUGCAUGAAAGAGAUCUAGAAGCGGCCAUUACUCUAUCCUUGCUCAAUAAUAUAGAUGGGAUAAAGGACCAGUUUCCCUCCAGUAAAGGAGACGUCAAGGUUCAAGUUCCAAUAGAUGAAAACACAGAUCCAGUUUCUUUGCACCGGUCCAACUGCAGUGUGGAUAUUGAAAUUUUAGGCCUGGAUGAAAUCACAUCAGAAAAGGAGUCGCUUGCUCUUUCCAGACAGAGAAAGGCUGCCGCUAAAGCCACUGAGGAGACGAGGAAAAAGCUUACGGAUGAAGACUAUGAGCCCAAACUGACACCAGAUUCAGAAAGCGACGAAGAUUUCAGUGAACCAGCAGAGAGUGAAGAUGAGGAAUUCAAAGUAAAGAAAGUCAGCAAAACAAAAAAGAAGGAGAAAGUACCCAAGAAUCCAAAGACCAAACAGCCUCCUGCCUCCAAAAAAGAAAAGCCAGCAUCAAAACCAUCAAAGUCCAAGUCGCAGGCAGCAGCAGCGUCCACACCAUUAAGAAGUCCUCCAACAGCCAAACUUCUACCCAAAAAGCCUGCUUCAUCCUCCACGGUUUCCACAUCGAAGCCUGCAUUCUCUCUGAGUCCAGCAGGGGGCAGAAUACCCAAGUGGACACCACCAGGUCAAAUUGGUAGGAGCCCCCCUUCAGCGCAGCGUCCAGCUGUGAGGUCUCCAAGUCAGGGUCUGCGUCUGGGCCUGUCCCGCCUUGUUCGAGUCAAACCUCUUCACCCCAGCGUCACGAGUCACUGACGGCUCGGUCUGUUGAUGCCCCUGUAUCUGUCAAUUCUUGCUGUCUUUUAGCUUUAUCGCUUUUAUUUUAAAUAGAUGCUUGUAAAUAUUCAUAUUCCAUGAUGCGUGUUGCUGUACAUGUGAUUCAACGGAUGCUCUCAACGUUGGUCACAUAUGCAACAUGCACAUUCAGUUGUUGUUUUGCUGCAUGCUUUGUUUACUCUGGUGACUGAAAUCAUAGAUUAUUGCCUUCAUCACAUCGUUAUCAGUACAGCUUUUGUGUCUGA